CUCCACUCAAAUUUUCCAUUUUUAUACGCGCAACCACUAUAUGUAUAAAUACUCAUUGCGGGAAGUCCAACUUUCAACCACUGAGAAACAAACAAAAGAAAAAAAAAAAUCUGGGAUCAGAAGAAAGAAAGGGAAGGAGGAGAAAAGUCCUGCGACGAAUUGAAGCUUAAAAGGAAGAGGUUAAGAGAAUAUUCAACUGAAGAUGAAAAGUUACGGUGGAACUGUGAACGAUCAACAGCAGCGAUUGGAUAUGCCACCGGGAUUUAGAUUCCACCCCACAGAUGAGGAGCUGGUGGUGCACUAUCUCUGCCGGAAAUGCUCCGGCCAGUCCAUCUCUGUUCCGAUCAUCGCCGAUAUCGAUCUUUACAAGUUUGACCCGUGGCACCUUCCUGGUAAGCUCCUACGAAUAUAUCUCUCUGAUCUUGGUUUGGAAUCUUUGGAUCUUUGAAUUGAAUUUGACUUCUCUGCGUUUGGGUCGGAUUUGAUGCAGGUAUGGCUCUUUACGGUGAAAAAGAAUGGUACUUUUUCUCUCCGAGAGACCGGAAGUACCCGAACGGGUCCCGUCCGAACAGGGCUGCUGGCACAGGGUACUGGAAAGCGACCGGAGCCGAUAAGCCCGUCGGAAAACCGAACACCUUGGGGAUAAAGAAAGCCCUUGUCUUCUAUGCUGGCAAGGCUCCUAAAGGUAUCAAGACUAAUUGGAUUAUGCACGAGUACCGUUUAGCUAACGUCGAUCGCUCCGCCGGCAAAAGGAACAAUUCCAGGCUUGACGAUUGGGUGCUCUGCCGGAUAUACAAUAAGAAAGGCACGGUUGAGAAGUUCUACAACCUGCCGGAAGUUCAAGAACAGAAGCCGAACAUCACCCAGAAUUUACAGAGCAAGACGGCGCUACUGCAAGCGCCGCGACUGCCGCCGAUGAUUUCACCGGCGGUGGUGGAGAGCAAGAACGAGUACGUGCAUUUCGACACGUCGGAGUCGGUGCCCAAGUGGCACACAGACUCCAGCUGCUGCUCGGAGCAAGUGCUGUCGCCGACGGAGUUCGCCGCCGACCGGGAGGUCCAGAGCGCGCCGAAAUGGGAUGACAUGGACUUCCAGCUCAGCAAUUUCAUCGAUCCUCUAAGAGAUGACCUGUUCAAUGUUCAGCAGUAUAAUAAUCCUUUCCAAGAAAUGUUUAUGUUCACGCAGAAGCCUUGUUAAAUUAGGGGAAGAUUACCACUAGUUUAGAGCUUAUAAAGCGGCAUUCUUUGUCCCUGUAAAAAAAGAUUAAUUCAACAGAUUACUGUCAUGCCACUAAUUAACUAUGGCGGCUGAACGAGUCCUAACUUAUGGACGUUGGAUUAAUCAAACGAUUACUGUAAUAGUGUAAUGCCACUAAUCUGUGUUAGGGUAAAAUUAUCAAACCUUAUUUAUACGAUCAAUUUAAUUCAAGUUUAAUCUCUUGUAAAGAACAAGAAAUUGCAAGUUGUGGUAAAUUGAGUCUUGGGGGUUUCAA